GGCAGGGGAACAGGCGGUGGAUUCCGGGAUUAGAUCACAUGCUUAUAAGACAGACUAAGACGUUUUUCUUUUACAACUUUCCAGAAAAUUGUGAGGAGAAAGAGUUAUGGUUCAGCUUUCAGAGAUGUGGAAAAGUGCUAGAUGUGUAUGUGCCAAAGAAGCGUGACAAGUGGGGGAAGAGAUUUGGCUUUCUACGCAUGUUAGGGGUGCAGAACGAUAAUCAGAUGGUGAGGAGACUUAAUGAUAUCUGGUUUGGUUCAUACAAAUUGCGAGUGAAGAUAGCAGAGGAAAGAAGUAACACAAGUGUUAAGGAUAAAGGUAUGGCAGACAGAAAACAACAUAGAGAAGACAGGAUGGUUAAGCCAGGACAGUCAUAUGCUCAGGUGGUGAAGGGAAAGAAUCAGAGUUUCCAAGGCUUGCCGGAUCGUACAGGAUCGCUGGAAGGGGAAGACAUGGGCAUCAUCCAAAAGGAAAAAGAAUCAUUUCAAGCAAGACAACUAAACAGGAAGGAGGAAGUGGCAUCCUGUGACAUACUAGUUGGCAAAAAAGGUAUGGUGGAGAAUAGAAUGGUGGAACCUCAAAAAGAAAUAAUGGAAUUCACACCGGAGCAGGAAGAGAACCAGUGGCUUGAAGGGGGCUUAGUGGCAGUUGUGAAAUCACUAUCAGUAGUAAAAGAUGUGCAGCAGAGAAUUGAUGUAGAUGGCGGGUUGAUCACGAUCUCACCAUUAGGGGGAAGGAAGGUGUUACUAUCUGAACAUAAACCGGGAUAUUUACUUGAAUUUAUGAACCAUAAUAAGGAAUUAUUUUCCUUGUGGUUUGAAGAUAUCCAACCAUGGGAUAAGCAAGUUCAGGAUAGAAGCAGAAUGGCAUGGCUACGCAUUAAUGAGCAUAAGAUCUCUAAACAGAUUGAUCUGAAAGUAGAAGGAAAAUGGUAUGAGAUACAAGUGGUUGAGGAAGAAUGGCGCUCCGACCCAGAUUGGUGGUUGUCGGACGAUGACCGGCGGAGUGUGGGGCAGACGGCAAAGACAGAUAGAAGACUGCUAUCCAGAAAAGGGCACGGAGCUUCGGACAUCAAAGACGCAGGGGCAAAAUCGAAUACAAAGCGGCAUCAGAGAGGGAAAGCAGAUCUGAUUCUGGGUGCAGCGAGCCAAGUAAAUAUGCUUGGUAACUGUUCUAUUUCUGAUGGAUGUAUAGCAUUUAGAAACAACAUAAUUCGAAAGGAGUUGACCUUGCAUGAGAGGAGGGAAGUAGGAAAAUUGGUGAGAAUGGAACAACCAGACUUUCUAUGGUUGCAAGAAACUAAGUUAGAAAAGGUGGAUGACAAUCUGUGUAGGAUGAUGUGGGAUUCGAGAGAAUUUGGCUGGGUAAUGAAGGAAUCGAUAGGAGCUUCAGGAGGAUUAUUGUGUUUUUGGAAUAAGGAGAAUUUCACUAAGACAGGAGAUUCCACGGGAGAUGGUUAUUUGAGAAUAUCAGGGGAGUGGGGAAUUCAUAAGAUGAAGUAUAAUCUGGUGAAUGUUUAUGGUCCAAAUGAUAGACAGAAACGGUUAAAGUUAUGGGAUGAGUUAAGGAUCAUGAUUACAGAAGAGGGAGGACGAUGGCUGAUUGCGGGAGAUUUCAAUGCUGUUAGGUGCCUUGAGGAAAGAAGGGGAAGAACAGGGGAGAGCCCAGAUAUGAAGGAUUUUGAUGUGUUUAUUCAAUCAGCAAGAUUAAUAGAUAUUAAAAUGGCUAAUCGUUUCACAUGGUAUAGAUUAGAUGGCACAGCCAUGAGCAGACUGGAUAGAGUUUUGAUGAAUGUAGAGAUGUACAGUAUGAGUGCAGAGUGGGUGCAACAGGGCUUGAAACGAAAUAUUUCUGAUCACUGUGCAAUCGUGUUGAAAACAAGAACAGUGGAUUGGGGACCAAGGCCAUUUCGAGUUUUGGAUGCUUGGCAACUUCAUCCGAAUUUUAAGAAGGUUAUCGAGGAGAAGUGGAGCACAAUGGAGGUUGAUGGAUUUGCAGGGUAUAAGUGUAAACAAAAACUAAAGAAGCUGAAAGAGUUUUUAAAGGGGUGGAACCGUGAUGUGUUUGGGGAUAUGGAAGCUCAAUACGAACAGGCGGUUAAAAAGGUUGAGCAUGUUGAUUUGAAAAAUGAAGAUUUUGAUUUGGAUGAAUUUGAGAUUCUUCAUAGACAAGAAGGAUUUCAGAAUAUGUGGGAUAUUUUGAGGAAGAGAGAAGUGAUGUGGAGACAGAAGUCAAGAAGCAAUUGGGUUCGUGAGGGAGAUGCAAACACGCGAUUCUUUCAUAGAAUAGCAAAUGGGAGAAAGGCCCAAAAUCUUAUCACAGGUUUAUGGUGUGAUGGUGUGUGGGUGGAAGAACCAAUACAAGUUAAGAAGGAGGUGGUUAACUAUUUUAGCAAACUUUUUCAAGGAGAUACGUGGAAUAGACCAAAGCCUCAAGGGCUUAACACUGGGAAUUUAAAGGAUUAUAGACCCAUUAGCUUGAUCGGAUGUAUAUAUAAGCUGUUAUCAAAGGUGUUGGCUAAUAGACUUAAAGCUGUAUUACCGGGGAUUAUCAGUGAAACUCAAUCAGCUUUCUUGGGAGGACGUCAAUUAGUUGAUGGCGUUUUGGUGUUGAACGAGGUGGUGGAGGAAGUUAAAAGAAGGAAACAGUCGGCAUUUAUAUUUAAAGCUGAUUUUGCAAAGGCAUAUGAUUGUGUGGAUUGGACAUUCUUGGAAUGGAUGAUGGACAGGUUGGGGUUUGGAAUAAAGUGGAGAGGUUGGAUCAUGGAGUGCUUGUCGACUACUAGAAUGUCAGUUCUAAUUAAUGGCAACCCAACAGAGGAGUUCAAAGCUGGAAAAGGGCUACGACAAGGUGAUCCGCUUUCUCCAUUUUUAUUCUUGAUGAUUGGAGAGGGAUUAAAUGGAUUGGUCCAAAAAGCAGUGUCGGAGGACUUGUUGAGAGGUAUAGAGAUUGGUAGGAGGGGAUUAGCUAUUUCUUUACUUCAAUACGCAGAUGACACAAUCAUUAUGGGAAAAGCUGUCACAGAGAAUAUUUUUAUGGUCAAAACAAUUCUGCGAUGGUUCGAACUGAUGUCCGGUCUGCAAAAUUAAUUUGGUUAAAUACCCUUUUUGGUCCCUCUACUAUAGGAAAAAGCCCCUUUUUAGUCCCUGUACCGAAAAAAUCCCUUUUUUGGUC